AUGCUGCGCCCAGUAUAUAGACAUGCUUCCAGGCAACUGCGCACCCCGGCCCCGAUUGCGGCUAUCAGGAAGCGAAAUCUACAUGCUCCCGUGGCCUUUGACUGGCAGGAUCCACUCAAGGCGAACGACCUAUUGACCGAAGAGGAGCAAGCCAUUUCCGAGACUGCAGAGUCGUAUUGCCAGGAGCGCAUGCUCCCAAGAGUGCUAGAGGCAUACCGCAAUGAGGACUUUGACAGGAAAAUCAUUCAAGAGAUGGGAGAGCUUGGCCUGCUUGGUGCAACCAUCAAAGGCUAUGAGUGUGCCGGCGUCAGCAGUGUGGCCGGUGGUCUGAUCACCAGAGCAGUCGAAAGGGUUGACUCAGGGUAUCGUUCGGGUUACUCUGUCCAGAGCUCGCUUGCUAUGGGUGGUAUUGAAGAGUUUGGGUCUGAAGAACUCAAAGAGCGCCUUCUACCAAAGAUGGCAAAGGGUCAAUUGCUGGGUUGCUUUGGUCUUACCGAGCCUAAUCACGGAUCAGACCCUGGGUCUAUGGAGACGGUUGCAAAGGAGCAUCCAUCAAAGAAGGGCUACUACUCGCUAUCUGGUUCAAAGACGUGGAUUACGAACUCGCCUAUUGCCGAUGUCUUGCUCGUGUGGGCAAAACUGGAAAGCACAGGCAAGAUCCGGGGUUUUGUCAUUGAGCGGGACCAGUGUCCACCGGGUACUCUCGAAACCCCGCCAAUCAAGAACAAGAACGGACUGCGAGCAUCCAUCACUGGCAUGAUCCAGCUUGAUGAAUGCCCAGUUCCCGAGGCAAACAUGUUUCCAGAGGUAGAAGGGCUGAAAGGGCCCUUUAGCUGCCUAAACUCGGCAAGAUAUGGUAUCGCGUGGGGUACUAUGGGUGCCUUGGAAGACUGCAUCGCUAGAGCACGCACAUAUGCACUAGAGAGGAAGCAGUUCAAGAACAACCCAAUUGCCAAGUACCAGCUUGUGCAGAAGAAGCUAGCUGAUGCUACGACCGAUGCUGCGUACGGAAUUCUCGCGGCUCAUCAGGUUGGACGACUCAAGGACGAGGGCAAGGCUGCACCCGAGAUGAUUUCCAUGAUUAAGAGACAGAACUGCGAUCGUGCCUUGGUCAACGCUCGGACGCUACAGGAGAUUUUUGGCGGAAACGCAGUCUCAGACGAAUACGGCAUCGGACGGCACGUUGCCAAUCUGUUCGUGACGCAGACGUAUGAAGGACAGAGCGAUAUCCACUCGUUGAUCCUAGGUCGAGCAAUCACCGGCCUGCAGGCGUUCUGUUGA